GUUAAGCUAUGCUAAGCUGAAAGAUGCAGCAGUGCUCUUCCUCAUCUUCCACGGUUGUUGCCUCGGAGGUGCUUGUUUCACAGGGUGCUCAUGGGUCUUCUCAGGAAGACUGGACGUCCCUGGAGCCCCCACCAAGCAAGCGACUCAGAAUAGUGGGAUCCAGUUCAACUCACGUUUCUGCAGUCACUGACGCAAAUCACGCAGCUGCUGAUCCUCUUCUAGAAGAGCUUUUUGGUACCCUGAAUUUAUCACACGGAAUACCUCAGGACCAGCUUCGAAACUUGGAUCAUGAUUUUCUGGUCAAGACUCUCCGGAAGAUCAUUGCACAGCUGCAACCAGAUAAACCGCUGGAAACUCGGAUGGCUGCUGGCAACUACCUUUUAAACGUCGCCAUUAGCAUGAAAAUCCCAAACAAACUCAUUUUCUCACUAUUUGAGCUAGCACAGCAAACCACCACGCCAGAAUCCGUUCUCAAUAUUCUGCUUAAAACGCUUUGGGUUAUUUCAAAAGAUAGUUUGCUGGUCAAAAGUAGACUCGUGAAGAUAUGCACCCAACUUUUGUUCUCGAGUUUUAGUCGAGUCGCCCAAAUUUCGUGUCUGGAAAUUUUGGGUGAUAUUUCGGACAUCUCGAGUGACAGUGACCAGUUAUUGAAAGUUUUCGAAGAACUAUCGAGGAGCCAUGACAGUAGAAUCCGAAGAGCAGUGGUUGAUAUGAUCUGUAGUUACGAUUCCAGAGGAGGUAAAGUUGCACUCUCAGUGUACCACCGAUGCUUGGAACUGUUCUCAGACGAAAACGAAAAAGUUCGUAUCGGAGCUAUCAAAAUAGCGGCAAGUUACGCGAGCAAGUCACCCAAUGUCAAAAUACCAUUGGGAGAUAGAGGAGAUGAUUUCGUGCGUCUAGAGGAGCAUGCUUUCUCGAGGAUCUGCGAGCUGGUCAAUGACAUUCAAGUAACAGUUCGGGUGACUGCAGUCCAAAUUUUGAGAAAGUUCGCAAACGUUGAUCAGAAUUAUUUGCAGCAGACAUUGGACAAACAACUCAUGUCGCAACUUCGAACGAAGCGAAGCUCUCAUCAGAAAAAUGCCGAGUUAGUACGAAGUGGCGCGUACAGUUCGGGUAGAAAAUGGGGUGAUGAUGCGCCCCUGGAUAAUGUAGACGAGGAUUCCUUGUCUCUUAUAAGUUCAGGGGCCUGUGGUGCCUUAGUGCACGGACUCGAAGAUGAGUUUAAAGAGGUCAGAAUUGCGACAGUUGAGACUCUUAGUAAUCUAGCCUCAAACAGAAGUGUGUUCGCUAAAGAAGCCCUGGACUUCUUCAUUGACAUGUUGAACGAUGAAAUCGAAUUAGUUCGAGUAAAAGCGUUAGAGAGCUUGGCAACAAUCUCACAUCAUGUGGUCUUGCGGAAAGAUCAAGUUGUCGAUACUUUGAGUUGCUUGGACGAUUAUUCAGACGCAGUUAGAGAAAAAGUUCAUGGCUUACUGCGUAAAAUUCAAUUCGAGGAGAUGGGCUGUUUGAAGUUAACAUUGCAGAGGUUAAUGAGGAACUUGAAGAAAUAUCCUUUGGAUAAGUUGUCCAUAUUUGGAGCUCUCAAGUGCCUUGGAUUGAAACAUUCAAACUUCGUCAUUCCCUACAUGAAAGAGCUCCUGUGUGCUCACCCGUUCCUUGACACCACGGAACCCAACCUCACAGACUCUUUCUACAUUGCCAUCAUGAUCCUAGUGCUGAAUGCAGCCCAGUCUUCUAGCAACAUCAUCGGACUAUUUCCGCCAUUCAUUAACCAACAUCACCAGUUUCUGAAAGAAUUGCACCCAGAGUUUAUCCCAGAGCUGGACUUGAAUAAAAAUUCACUGCGUUUCUGCUAUAAAAGGCCAGAAAGUGCGAUUAAGUUUCAGGAUGUUUCUGUUAUGGCUACCAAUCAGUACGAAAAUGUUAUUUAUAAACUGAAAUGUUCAAGCCAGAAAUUAUCGGUAGAGUUUUUGAAAAAUUUACUGAGAGAUCUGGAGCACUUGAAAAAUUGCGAAAAAAUCUCAGGUCCUGCGAAUUUUCUAUGUGCGUCAUUGAAAAUUACAAUCUGCAUGAUGAAAGUAUUCGUCAAAUUGAAACAACAAACUCCGACUAGUCAGCUAACUCUAUCUGACGAGUCAGUUUUCGCAGACUUGAAAAAAUGCAUCAGUUUAAGUUUCUUCCUAGAAGGUGUUUUCAGCGGACCCGCGCCUGAAACACUUUCAAGUAUCCUAGAAAAUAGAAGUAUAGCAGCAACAUUAAUUGUGUUUUUUACUCUUCUCAAAGAUUGCAAAGACGAAACGAGCGAUAAAGUGGCAAUGUGUAAAAAUUUUGUUGCGAAUCUAAAGAACUACAUGACGAGAAUCGACAAUUCAAGGCUUCCAGUCUCUCAAUUUUGCCGUGAUUCUUUGAAGCCUUUGCUUGAAAUUGAACCGACAAAACUGACUCUGAUUUCCAAAUUUUUGCACCCUCUGUUGAUAGAGACCGUGAACAUGGCUGUUAGAACUAUUGUCUUGAGUAAUGCAGAGUUUAAAUCGGGUGUUUUUAUGUCGACGGCGGUGAUAAACUACCCGCAAAGUUCAGACAGAGUGGAGACUUUUAUGGCCGGAUUGUUGUUAGCAUUAAGAUUGGACGUGACUCUGCUUCAAAUUGACGACGUGAACAGAGUCAGAAUAGUGUUGACGUACCCUGGAGGCACUGACCAAGUGGUGUCGCCCAGCGCCGAUAAAUUCCGAAAACUAGAAAACGAAGACUCCUCAAAGGAAAAUGAACCAAAUGGAAUUAAACUUAACACAACUUGUUUCAUUUCGCACUCGUCCUGGACAGAACCUGCCGAUGUGCUGAUCGGAGUGUACUUAGCGGUUCCUAACUUGUUUGACCAUACUUUGAGUUUGAAUUGUCCCGAGAAGUUGGUCGCGAUUAGUGAAAGUGUAAAAAUAACUAUUCACCCAAAACCAACUGCAAUUUGAAUCAGAUAAUGUAUUGAAUAUUUUUUAAAGUACUUUUGAAAAUGAGUUAUACCGGAGUUUAUUCAA